AUGCAAUGCAUUACAGCAUCGGUGCAUGCAUUGCAUUACAGCAUCGGUGCAUGCAUUGCAUUACAGCAUCGGUGCAUGCAUUGCAUUACAGCAUCGGUGCAUGCAUUGCAUUACAGCAUCGGUGCAUGCAUUGCAUUACAGCAUCGGUGCAUGCAUUGCAUUACAGCAUCGGUGCAUGCAUUGCAUUACAGCAUCGGUGCAUGCAUUGCAUUACAGCAUCGGUGCAUGCAUUGCAUUACAGCAUCGGUGCAUGCAUUGCAUUACAGCAUCGGUGCAUGCAUUGCAUUACAGCAUCGGUGCAUGCAUUGCAUUACAGCAUCGGUGCAUGCAUUGCAUUACAGCAUCGGUGCAUGCAUUGCAUUACAGCAUCGGUGCAUGCAUUGCAUUACAGCAUCGGUGCAUGCAUUGCAUUACAGCAUCGGUGCAUGCAUUGCAUUACAGCAUCGGUGCAUGCAUUGCAUUACAGCAUCGGUGCAUGCAUUGCAUUACAGCAUCGGUGCAUGCAUUGCAUUACAGCAUCGGUGCAUGCAUUGCAUUACAGCAUCGGUGCAUGCAUUGCAUUACAGCAUCGGUGCAUGCAUUGCAUUACAGCAUCGGUGCAUGCAUUGCAUUACAGCAUCGGUGCAUGCAUUGCAUUACAGCAUCGGUGCAUGCAUUGCAUUACAGCAUCGGUGCAUGCAUUGCAUUACAGCAUCGGUGCAUGCAUUGCAUUACAGCAUCGGUGCAUGCAUUGCAUUACAGCAUCGGUGCAUGCAUUGCAUUACAGCUUCGGUGCAUGCACUGAUGUGGUAA